GGGCGUCGGGCGGUGGUGGGCGUGAGCGAGGACGGAUCGUGGGCGGCGGCGUGGGUGUCGGGCGGAGACCUCUUCCUGUACAGAGCCCGAGGAGCCUCCUUCCCUCUCCCUCAGGAGCUUCCGGCGCAUCUACGCCUAGUGGUUAGUACGUCCGGAGCGACACUGAGGUUUUCUCCCUCUAGAUAAUGGAAAGUGAUGGCAGCUUUGUGCAAGGUCUGCAUAAUUGCUUACUUGGACUUUGCCCUGAUGUGCUUGGCUACGGCUACGAUUCGUGCGUAUAAUAGCCUUUUGAUGAUUACCGCCAUUAGUUUGUUAUUGCUGUUAUUAUAAUAAUAAUAAUAAUUAUUAUUAUUGUUGUUGUUGUUGUUAUUAUCUUUAUUAUCAAUGUUAUUAUCAUCAUUGUUGUUGUUACUGUUUUUAUUAUCACCAUUAUUGUUAUUGUCUAAUGCAUGGCGACACAUCAACCCUUUUGCCUCCAGGGCGUGCGUGGCGCGGGCGGGGGCGCGGCCGGCCUCAGCUUGGAGCAGAGAGCGCAGAAGGAGGCGGGGGAGAGGCGAAAGGCCGCCAUGGAGGAGAGAGCGGCGCUGAUCCUUCAGAAGCUCUCAAAACUCAAGUGGGACUUCAGGAAAUUAUCUCUUAGAGGUGACGAAAUCGAGGGCGGUAGGCUGCUUUUAGAAGACGUGCCCCUCCACCCCGCCAUCACCACAUCGCUGCAUAAACAUACCACCGAUAACAUGAACAAGGUGGUGGCCGGAAGCAGCAGCGAGUUGGAGCGCCUCGAGGUUCUGCUGGGGAAGCUGAGGACUUUGUAUUCGUGGAGCCCUUUGGUGUCCUCGCUCUCCGUCAAGGCGCUGGGGUGAGUCCUUGCAGGGAGGGAGGGGAGGUGGAGUUGUGUUGUUACUGCUGUUGUAGUUCUUGGGGAUCCUGAAGUUCUUUCCUGUUGUAGUUAAUUCUUAGGAUCCUGAAGUUGUAACGCAUGAAAAAAAAAAUUAUUCCAACAUCUGUAUUAUCACAUUGCG